AUGUCGGACUCCCCCCAAUCUCCUCCCAAGGAUGUCGACCAAGGUGUACAAUCACCGGAAGAGGAACAAAUGAACGAGGCUCAAGACCCACAGUCCGGUGGACUCACCUAUGAGUUCGAGGUCAAGGAGCAGGACCGCUGGUUGCCCAUAGCCAAUGUCGCCCGCAUCAUGAAGAAUGCGCUCCCUGAAAACGCAAAGAUCGCCAAGGAAGCGAAAGAAUGCAUGCAGGAAUGCGUCAGCGAGUUCAUCUCGUUCAUCACGAGUGAGGCCUCGGAGAAGUGUCAUCAGGAGAAGAGAAAGACGGUUAACGGAGAAGACAUUCUAUUCGCCAUGACUUCUUUGGGGUUCGAGAAUUACGCAGAGGCCCUCAAGAUCUACCUCUCGAAAUACAGAGAACAAUCCCAGUCCAACAGGGGAGAAACCUCCCACCGUCCAGGCAGCAGUGGCUACGGCGCCAACCCGCCAACCGGAGCAGGAAGUUUCCAAGCCGAGCCACAAAACAGCGUCCUCGGAGGCCAGCAAGGAGAUGGCACCGCCGACGCUCAGGGCUACAUGUACGGCGCGCAGACAGGGCACAAUGGUACCGGCGGUGCCGACGGCUACCAGUAA